AUGGGUGCAGAAGUUGAGAAAUGUGGUGUUGAAUUGUCAGGAAUUGCAGCUUCUGAAACACAUGGAGAAGAGUCCCCUUAUUUUGCUGGAUGGAAAGCUUAUGAUGAAGAUCCUUAUGAUGCUGUGAAGAACCCUUCAGGAGUCAUCCAGAUGGGAUUAGCUGAAAACCAAGUUUCAUUGGAUUUGAUAGAGGAGUAUUUGGGGCAGCAUCCAGAAGCAUCUAAUUGGGGGAUUGGGAAGUCUAGCUUGAGAGAAAUUGCCUUGUUUCAAGACUAUAAUGGACUCAAAACUUUCAGACAGGCAUUGGCAAGUUUCAUGGAGCAAAUAAGAGGAAAAAGAGUGAAAUUCGAUCCUAAUAGGAUUGUCCUAACUGCAGGCGCGACUGCAGCCAACGAGCUAUUAACAUUCAUAUUAGCAGACCCAGGAGAAGCUUUGCUGGUUCCAACUCCAUAUUAUCCAGGUUUCGAUCGAGAUCUAAGGUGGAGAACCGGCGUAAAGAUUGUACCUGUCCAUGGCACCAGCAAGAACAACUUCCGAAUCACUGUCGAAGCCUUAGAAAAUGCCUACUUUGAAGCUGAAUCUACAAACAUUAAAAUCAAAGGCCUUCUGAUUACAAAUCCAUUGAACCCAUUAGGCGCAACGAUUGAACGUUCGGUCCUCGAAGACAUUCUCCGCUUUGUCUCGCAUAAAAACAUCCAUCUCAUAUCCGACGAGAUCUACUCAGGCUCUGCCUUCUCCUCAUCCGAAUUUACAAGCAUCGCGGAGAUCGUCGAGGCCCACAACUAUAAAGAUUCAGAGAGGGUCCACAUUGUCUAUAGCCUGUCCAAAGAUCUGGGCCUUCCUGGAUUUAGGGUUGGAACAGUAUAUUCAUACAAUGAUAAGGUUGUGACUAGUGCAAGAAGGAUGUCUAGCUUCAGCUUAGUUUCUUCUCAAACUCAACUUCUAUUGGCUGCUAUGCUAUCAGAUAUUGAAUUCACAGAGAGAUAUAUAAGGAUUAAUAGAGAGAGAUUAAGAAAGAGAUAUGAAUCUUUUGUUGAGGGACUGCGGUGGGCGGGGAUCGAGUGUUUGGAUGGGAAUGCUGGUCUAUUUUGCUGGAUGAAUUUGAGGCCGUUGAUGGAGGAGACGACGAGAGAAGGAGAGUUGGAGUUGUGGGAUUCGAUCCUGAAUGAAGUGAAGGUAAAUGUGUCUCCAGGGUGUUCUUGCCAUUGUAGUGAGUUUGGGUGGUUUAGGGUGUGCUUUGCUAACAUGAGCCAGGAGGUGUUGGGUGUUGCUCUAAGGAGAAUGAAGGAGUUCAUGGAGAGGAGAAAGAGAAAGGCCCAACUCUUCGUUUAGGCUGUCCUUUGCUAAGAUGAGCCAGGAGGUGCUGGGUGUUGCUCUAAGCAGAAUGAAG